AUGGAAGAGGUGGUGGGAAGGCUACUUAUCAUACAAAAGAACAAUCCAUCUACAAAUAAAAUUCCCUCCCAGAUUUUAAAGAAAAUUAUGAAUGUGUUCUUAGUCUUUUUAUUGGAUGGAACGUAUCACCAAGCCUGGCUAGAGGACAUGGCUGUGCGAUUGGUCUGUGUUUUAGCUCUAGACCGCUUUGGUGAUUUUGUCUCGGAUCAAGUUGUGGCGCCUGUGAGGGAGACAUGUGCACAAGCUCUGGGUGGAAUCUUGCACUUACUCUCAGAGGGGGGUGUCUUUGGUGUUCUUAGCUUACUGGAAACAAUGUUGUCAUGGAAGGAAUGGGAGGCUCGCCAUGGGGGUUUGCUUGGCCUCAAGUACCUCUUGGCUGUUCGAGAUGACCUCAGGUCGCAGCUACUCACUCAUGCAUAUCCACAUAUAUAUAAAGGCUUAGUGGAUGAGAUGGAUGACGUAGUGGCUGUGGCUGCAUCUUGUCUGGUUCCUGUGUCUGACAGUGUUGUCUUGCUGCUGGACCGAGAAGUAGUUACAAAGCUGGUGGCUACAUUGUGGGAUUCACUUCUUGACAUAGAUGAUUUGACUUCCUCGACCAACUCCAUAUUACUGCUUUUAUCAAAACUUCUUUCCCAUUUAAGUAGUGAUGCCAGGUGUGUAAAGAGGUGCAAGGAGACAUAA